AUGCAUUUCUUUAGCUUUCCUCCUCAUUUUUUCUUUCUUUUAUUUUCCGUCAUUUCUUCUUCAUUACCUAAUCUUCCCCACUUUUUUUUCCCUAGAAUUUUAUCUCCUUCUUUUCUUUAUUAUGUAAUUUCUUUUUCUAUUAUUUCUAACCUUUUACCAUCUGGCUAUCUCCCUUUUAUUCUUUUAUAUACCUUUCUUUUUUUGUCAAUUUGGCCCGACACAGGGAUUCUGUCCUCACGGUCCACAGAUGGACAGAGUCCUCUUUUGCCAUUUCUUGUUCCGCAUCUCUCUCACUCUACCUUUAAAUCUUUUUCACCUCUAUUUCUCUCUGUUCCUAUCAUUUUGUCACUAUCUUUCUAUCUAUCUCUUUUAACCUAUCUUUCUCUAUAUAUAUCUAUUUCUCUAUCUCUCGCUUUCUCUCUGUCAUUUCUUACUCCAUUUUUAUCACUCUGUAUCUAUAUUUCAAUAUCUUUCACUUUAUGUAUCACUGUGCAUCUCUCUUUCUCUCUCUCUUCGUUAUUCUAUCUAUUUCUUAGCAUCUUUGUACUUCUCAAUUUCUCUCUGUACCUCUUUCUCUUUCUUUCUCAGCCAUUCUCUCCCUCUCUGUCCACUCUGUUUAAAUUUAUUUCUAUAUCUUUUCCUUUCUCUUUCUCUACGUAUGUUUCUGUCUCUAGCAUUCUCUCCCUCUUUCCAUCUAUUAGUCUCUCUCUUUCUGUAGAUUUUUGUCUCCUAUCUCUUUCUCUAAGAUACUUUCUCUCUCUCUUUGUACCUAUUUAUCUCUAUCUUUCUCUCUCUAUCUAUCCUUCUAUCUUUAUCUUUCUUUCUCAGCCCAUCACUCUUCCAGUUCCUCUGUUUGUGUCUUGCUUUCUGUUUCUUUUUGUUGUUUAUUCUCUCAGUUUCUAUCUCUCUCAUUAUCAGUCUGUCUUUAUGCACCCUCUCUCUGUGUAUGUCUCUUUCUUGCUCUCUCUCCAUUUUUAG